GGGUGACGAGCACCAAAUCAGUAACAUAUACUACUUUAGUUAGUGAAACUCCUUUAGUUAAAACUAUAUAAGUAACUGACUAAAGAAGGAAUAUACUUCCGGUAAUUUGGUUGGAGAGCUCAAAUACAGGAUACUUCUUUAGUUUAUACAAAUACUCUGUGGUGGAAGCUUGGAAGGUUUAUUUCUAACCUGAAAAUAGUAGUUUGUGUUUGUUUACAACAGUGUUUUUCUAAAAAUGGAACUUGGAAAGAAAAGAAAAAAGCAAAACAUAUCUCAGAUGCAGAUAAGGCAAUGUUUCUUGAAGUGAUGAAACGAUAUGUUAAUAUAAUAGAAUCUAAAAAAAAAACAUGAUAAUUAAAAAGAAGAGGAAAGCUUGGGAUGACAUACAUGUUGAUUUUAAUGCUGAGGCAACAGUGACAAAAACAUUAGGUCAAUUAAAGAUACUAUGGAAGGACUGUAAGGCUAAGGCAAAAAAGCAAUGUCUAAAGAGAAGAGGGAAAGAAUAAAAACUGGCGGUGGAAGUAAUUACUAUGAAAUUGACCUAACCUCAAAAACCAUUAUUGACAUGAUUCCCCAACUUUUUGAAUGUGUGUCAAAUGUACAAGCCGAUGAUAAGGAAGAGGAAAACAUGAUAAGUAAUGAGGAAGACAAUUCAGAGAAGGAAUAUGAACCUGUACAUCAAAGUGAAAUUAAUGAUAAUUCAAAUUUGGUGAAUGAGGAGGUGCCCACUUCAAAAGAAACCAACAGCAUGACAUCAAAUAAAUGUAAGACGAAUCCAUGGCAAAAAAGGCCUGCAAAACGACGGUGUACAACCACUGAAAUUGCUGACAAAGUGACAGAUUUCCAUUCACUGAAACUUAAGCUACUUCGAGAAGAGCAUGCAGCUAGAAUGGUGUUGAUUGAAAAGGAAAGAGAAUUUGCUGAAACUGAACACGUACUCCGUAUGGAUAUAGUACUGCAGAAAAUUAGUAAUAGUAUUACAAACCACACAUCUUCAAAUGGACCAAUACCAAUACACUAUGAGAAUGUGGUUUAAAACACUAGCAGUGAUGUUAUUUAAAUAAUUUAGCACCAAUGGGAAAUGUAUUACUUUGUAAAGAUAAUUUGUUACCUUUGUAAAAUCUCAUACAGCUGAACAUUUUGUAAUUUCAUAUGUAACAAUGCUGUACAAGUUUUGUUUUGUUUUUGUGUGUGUCCUUUCAUAAUAUGAAUUAAUAAACUAAGUAAACACA